AUGCAGAAGCAACACAAGACCAAACGGAACAUAGUCAUCCUCACUGACGCCCUCUCAGUCCUGAAAUCUCUGCAAAAUCCCAGAAAGGAAGAUAACAACGACCUCCUCAAAGCAUUGAAAGACCUCUAUUCAAGUAGGAAAAAAGUUGUUCUACAGUGGAUUCCAGCCCACUGCAACGUCAAGGGGAACGAAAAGGCGGACCAAGUAGCCAAGGAGGGAGGCAAAAAAGACCAAUGCGACCUAUCCCUUUCCUACAGCGAGAACAAAACCGAACUUAAACAAGGAUAUCGGAAGAAGUGGAAGGAAGAGCAUCCUAAACACGAUGAAGGAGACUGCUGCUACCAACUGACAAGAAGGGAGCAGGUCCUAAUAUUCAGACUGCGAACCGGACACAACAGGCAAAAACACCACCUGUUCACUGAAUUCCGCAUCGGCGAGAGCGACAUCUGCAUAUGCAACCAAGAGCCCAUGACUGCUGAGCACAUACUGGGAAGAUGCUCAAGUUUUGCAGACCUGAGGAAGGAGACCUGGCCAGAGGGAGCACGAAUCCAUGACCAGUUAUAUGCAGAUCUCCAGCAGCUACGCAGGACCACCGACUUUAUAAUAAAAUCCGGACUGACUGUCUAA